AUGGUCUUGCGAGAAGCCGUCCGACAUGCCCUGCAGGGAGGCCGUGCCUUCAGCACAUCCGCCUCAAGAGGUGUCGUCUAUGUCUCCAACAUAGGCAAGCAGCCCAUCCGCUAUCCCCCUACCGUCAGCUUCACGCAGUCCCCGGCCGCCCUCUCCGUCCAGGGCCCGCUCGGGACGACGAGCGAGCCCUCGGAGAAGAAGCAGCGCUCGAUGUGGGGGCUCACGCGCACGCUCAUCCAGAACGCGAUCAUCGGCAUGACGGAGGGCUUCACGACGCCCGUGUACCUCACGGAGGGCAUGAGCGGGCAGAGGCUGAACAUGAAGCUCGGGUUCUCGCACGCGGUGUACGUGCCCGUUCCGGAGUACAUCAAGGUGGAGCUGUUGGGGUUGUUCGCUGCAAAAAUCAGGAGGUGGAGGCCACCAGAGCCAUACAAGGGCAAGGGAGUUUUCGUGGGCGACGAGCGUGUCCGCAUGAAAGCAAUCAAGAAGAAGUAG